AUGAACAGGUACGAUCCACGUCAAUGGCUCGGUGACUAUCCAGCAGAGAUUCUUCGAGAAUUAUUCACUGAGAUUGGAAUCACCUCGUGUUGUCACUUGUACAUUAAGAUGUCACCAGGAAACUUCCGCAAUGCCUUGGAAAUCUACCUUCAAACUCAUGUGAUCAACGUGACGGCUGAAGAGGUUAUCGAAGGCGACCUCAAUGUGAUUGAUUUCUACACCUAUGGCCAGCUACACCUUUGGUGUUACAUUAAGGUCAAGACUCCGGUGGGGCUUUUUGAUAUGACUAAUUGGCACCUUUCGAAAGUUAAUUGUCAGCUGUGCUCGUUACGGAAUACUCAAAACUUUAAACACUUGGUGAAACUUAAGGAGUUUGAAAGUACCUGUGACCACGACGGAACAUUUGAGUUGCCUCGCCUGGUCAUAACGCUCAAAUUGUACGGAGAACCGCAUUUGUUCAACAUGUCAUCACUUCCAAACAUAGAACAUAUUGUGUUUGAUGACUACACAAACAUCAUCAGAACUGCUUGGGCACGGAUCGAAUCCUUUGAUCUUCCAUUCCUUCCCUCCCAUGAACGUUUUGACUGUUUACGAGAAGCUAAGUUAAAGAAGUACAAUAGCUUUAGAGACAUCAUAUGUCCUGAACUUGAAAGCGUUGAGUUCCUGGCCCAUAAGACUAGCCAAGACGUUCUAGAAUCUGACUCCGAAGAAGAUGAACUGGACACUGAUUUCGAGCAACAUUAUGAUAUUCUUAGCAUAUUCACUCAUGGACAAUUAGCCAAUUUGAGAAUACUUAAGGCGAGUUACUGUAUCAUUGAUAACGUGGCAUUACUUCCCCAAUUGAGAGUAUUACAUUGCUCGAUGGACAAAUCGCUCACUGGCUGUCAACCCUUACCGCUCAACUUGAUUGAAUUAAAGAUAAUUCUGGAGCAUUCAGUUGAAGGAAUCCCUCCGCAACUUCAGGUGUUUGGUUUUGAAAGUUUGAAUUAUGAUGGCAACUCUGAUUGUUUCGUUAGAGCCAAGUCGGAUACAGUCAGAAAAAUGCGUCUUUGCUGUGUGACAGACGUAAGCAUUGACUGUCCUAGACUUACGUCUUUGAAAUUGGAGAGGUGCUGUAUCGCUUCUAUGCUCAAUGCUCCCAAUUUGGUGAGGUUACGGUCUAGUGGAAUCUUUAUUCCAGUGGAGGCAUUUCCUCGACUAAACUAUCUCAUCAUGUACGAUUUGAACUCGUGGCAGGACGUUGUAAUCAAGCGCCACUUAAAGGCCAUCCACUUGAUGUGGUCGCAAUUGGGCCAAGUACAAAUAUCUGCUGACGACGUACAACUUAUAAUCUGUGAGUUUUGCAGAAGGGCGGGUGCCCCUUAA